CCAGUGGUUGGGUCCUUUAUGAGGCAGGCUUGUGGCAUCAGAGACUUGGAGGGUCAGUGGUGAGAGGAGGUGGAGAGUCUCAGGGGAAGGAGCCCCUGGGAGCAGGGCCCCCCCCCACGCCAUGGCAAGCGUGGUGGUGAAGACCAUCUGGCAGUCCAAAGAGAUCCACGAGGCUGGGGACCCCCCUGCGGGGGUCGAGAGCCACUCCCAGCUGGUUCCUGAGGCUUCUGGGGGGGUGACCAGCCCAGCCAAGGGGACUGUGAAGAAAAAGAAGGCUGUGUCGUUCCAUGGGGUGGAGCCCCGGAUGUCCCAAGAGCCAAUGCACUGGUGCCUGCACCUCAGACGGUCGUCGGCCUGCACCAACGUGUCACUGCUCAACCUGGCGGCCAUGGAGCCCACCGACUCCUCGGGGGCAGACUCAACCGCGGAAGACAGCGGCUCAUACACACAGCCUGUGCCCCCGCCCUCUCCCACCCCACCGUGGGCUCCAGAUGACCCAGACAUCAUAGAAAUACUGAGUGGGGUCAACAGUGGAUUGGUCCGCGCCAAAGACUCCAUCACCAGCUUGAAGGAAAAGGCCACUCGGGUUAACCAGCACGUGCAGACACUACAGAGUGAGUAUUCUGUGCUGAGCGAGAAUCUGGAGAGAAGGAGGCAAGAGGCAGAAGAACUGGAAAGCUACUGUAGUCAACUCAAGGAGAACUGCCGGAAGGUGACCUGGUCCGUGGAAGAUGCUGAAAUAAAAACCAAUGUCCUGAAGCAGAACUCCGCCCUGCUGGAGGAGAAGCUGCGCCACCUCCAGCAGCGGCUGCAGGAUGAGACGCCACGGAGGCAGGAGGCUGAGCUGCAGGAGCUGGAGAGGCUGGAGGCUGGCCUCUCUUGGCAUGGCCCGGGCGGUGCUGCCCAGCCCCCAGGCUGCUCAGGCCCACCAGGGAGCCCCGACGAUCCCCCGCGGCUGCCCAGCCUCGCCCCAGGUGGCUGGGGAAUGGGGCCUCGGGCAGGGGAGGGCUCCUCCGUGACUGAGCAGGAGCUGCAGAAGGUCUGUGCGGGCCUUGAGGAGCUGAGGAGGGAGGUGUCCUCGCUGACCGCCCGAUGGCAUCAGGAGGAGGGGGCCGUGCAGGAGGCCCUGCGGCUGCUCGGCGGCCUGGGCGGCAGGCUCGACAGCUUCCUGGGCCAGUGGGAGCGGGCGCAGCGCGAGCAGGCACAGACGGCGCGGAGCCUGCAGGAAUUAAGUGGUCGAGCGGACGAGCUCUGCACAAUGGUGGAGCGGUCAUCAGUGUCUGUGGCUUCACUGAAAAGCGAACUGGAGGGGUUGGGCCCAGUGAAACCAAUUCUGGAGGAGGUGGGACGGCAACUGCAGAGCUCUCGAAGAGGGUCGGACCUCUCCGUGAACACGGAACGGCCCCUCCAAGGCUCCUGUUCCCGCUGUGCCAGCCAGGGGCUGCAGUUGUCCACGGAGUCCUUGCAGCAGCUGCUGGAGCGCGCACUGACCCCACUAGUGGAUGAGGUGAAGCAGAGGGGCCUGGCUCCCACCUGCCCCAGCUGCCAGAGGCUACACAAGAAGAUACUGCUCCCCCUCCACCCCCAUCCCAGUCCAGCAAGCCCAGCCAUGCCUACACUCCUCUCCCCAGGAGCUGGAGCGCCAGGCCUUGGCCAAACAUGUCAGGGCAGAGGCCCUGAGCUCCACCCUUCGGCUGGCCCAAGACGAAGCCUCGCGGGCCAAGAACCUGCUGCUGACGGACAAGAUGAAGCCGGAGUGAGGAAGGAGGCUGAGGGCAUGGGAGGAGGGGAGAAGGUGGCCACUCUGGACUAUUUAUACUUGAAGAUGUGCUCCCUCCAUGAUCAACUCAGCAACCUGCCACUUGAGGGGUCCACAGGAACAAUGGGGGAAGGUAGUGGUGGGGGAACUCCCCCAAAACAUGGGGGCCCAACCCCCAAGCAAUAAACAGCCCCUCGUGCUGGCAUGAA